AUGGCGGACAUAGACACCUUCCCCCUCGCAGCAGAUGGCAGCGAUGGGUCUGACGGGGCAUUCGACGGCAGUGACGCCGGGGCGGCGGGCCCUUCUACCGGCGGCGUGGUCCUCUCCCGUGGCGCCCUAAUCGCCAUCAUCGUCGUCGUUGUCAUGGUCGCCAUCCUAGGCAUCGCCACCUCAGUCCUCUUCUUUAUCGCCAAGAAGCGCGAGUGGACAGUCCGAGAAACAAUACGGAGAUCGGCAAGAAAAGUCGUCACCGUCAUGACGCCGGGACGGACCGAGUUCCCCAAAUCAGUCAAGGAAGGGCACAGCAGGUUGGCUGAUGUGCCGCCGACGCCCAAGAUCACGCCCGAGCACCUCGACUUAGAAAAGGGCCUGGAACAACCGAAGAGGAAGCGAGCAAAUUUCAGUCGCAAGUGA